AUGGACAGCAACACCUCUCUUCCCCUGAACGUGUCUGGAGGGACUCCGGCCACACCUGCUGGCCUUGUUGUCCUGGACGUCUUCUCCUAUUUGAUGCUCGUCGUCACCUUUGUCCUCGGGGUCCUGGGCAACGGGCUGGUGAUCUGGGUGACCGGCUUCCGCAUGACUCACACGGUCACCACCAUCUCCUACCUGAACCUGGCCGUGGCCGACUUCUGCUUCACCUCCACGCUGCCAUUCUUCAUUGUCACCAAGGCCCUGGGGGGACACUGGCCCUUCGGCUGGUUCCUGUGCAAGUUCGUUUUCACCAUCGUGGACAUAAACCUGUUUGGAAGCGUCUUUCUGAUCGCCCUCAUCGCUCUGGACCGCUGCAUCUGUGUCCUGCACCCAGUCUGGGCCCAGAACCAUCGCAACGUAAGCCUGGCCAAGAAGGUGAUUGUUGGACCCUGGGUCUGCGCUCUGCUCCUCACCCUGCCAGUUAUCAUCCGGGUGACCACACUGUCUCAUCCAAGGGCACCAGGGAAAACGGCCUGCACCUUCGACUGGUCUCCCUGGACCGAAAACCCUGCAGAGAAGUUGAAGGUGGCCAUCAGCAUGUUGAUGGUCAGGGGUAUCAUCCGCUUCAUCAUCGGCUUCAGCACGCCCAUGUCCAUCGUGGCCAUCUGCUACGGGCUCAUUGCCACCAAGAUCCACAGACAAGGCCUCAUUAAAUCCAGCCGUCCCCUGAGGGUGCUCUCUUUCGUGGUGGCCUCCUUUCUCCUCUGCUGGUCCCCCUAUCAGAUCGCGGCCCUCAUAGCCACGGUCAGAAUCAGGGAACUCUUGCUGGGUAUGGGCAAGGACCUCCGAAUCGUGCUGGACGUGACGAGCUACGUGGCCUUCUUCAACAGCUGCCUCAACCCCAUGCUCUACGUCUUCAUGGGCCAGGACUUCCGAGAGCGGCUCAUCCACUCCCUACCCGCCAGUCUGGAGAGGGCCCUGAGUGAGGACUCGGCCCAGACCAGUGACACAGGAACCAACUCCACCUCAGCUCCAGCAGAGGCCGAGUUACAGGCGAUGUGAGCACUGGGCUGGACAGCACUCAGGAGCCCCCAGUUCCUGCUUCCUUCCAAACUGACUUGC